UCACUUUAACAAAAUUCGGAGUGUUGUCAACAUAAAGACAAUUUAAAAAGAAGAAAAGAUAGUGGUACGUAUUUGAUGAUAUAUUAAUUUAAUGUUAUUUCAACUAUAUGUAAAAAAUUUCCAUAGAAUUGAAAGAAAGACGAAAAAUGAAUAAUCAACAAGGUAAGAACAAUCAUUCAACCACUAAAUAUGACGACGGAAAUAUGCCAAAGAAUCCAAAAGUUUAUAAGAGAAAGAAUAUGGAGUGCUUUCAUAUUUCCGCCUUUAAAUAUGACACUUUUUUUUAUAUUAAUAUUCGUCUUUUCUUUACAUCAACUGAAGCACCUGAAAUGAAUAACAAAGAUAUGAAUAUUGAUAUGGAUAGUAGUAUGGCUGAAAAUUUUCCGUUUGGUUAUGAUAUUGAUACUAUCGUUGGUACUAGUACAGACAACGGCAUUCAUAAUUAUAGCGACAUGGUCAAUAGCGUUUCUACUACUAUUAGUAAUGUUUAUGGCCCUGUUCCUACAUUUUGUUUUCAAACUAGCGAUGAUUCUAAUUCGAACGUCUCCAACGCUGUUGAAACUGUAUCUUCUAUUUCUGAUUCUAAUACUAGUAUGAAUAUUACCGUAGGUAAUGGGGUUUAUGCACCAGUUGGAAUUGAUUCUGAAACUGAUCAUAAUGCUACUUCUACAAGUACUGACGCUGUUAACGCUACCUACAGCUAUUAUUCUCAUCCCGAUUUAGGAGCUCAUGCUGAUAUUAAUAGUGCUUUAAGUACUAAUAAUGAUAUCAACAAUACGAAUAAUAAUAUUACUGUGAGCAAUAAUUCGAUAUUUUGUCCUGGUUCUGGCGUUGAUACUGUUGGUGCUUCUAUUCCUGGCUAUUACGCUCAUUCUACUGUUGGUUAUACUUAUGGCGUUACUACUAAUAGUAUAAGACAUACUGGUUCUAAUCAUUCUAUUCCUAAUUAUUACUUUCGUCCCAAUCUUGGUUCUCCCAUUGCCGAAAAUGUUGAUAUUAAUGCUGCACUUGAUUCACUUUCGAAUACUCCAUCUGGCAAUAGAAUAACAACUAGUUCUGUUUAUGGAUAUUACCUCCCGCCCAAUGUUCGUUCUACUUCUGCCGUUAAUAUUGGUAGUGUUAAUGCUGCUCUUGGUACAAAUGUUAUUAUUUCUAGUAGAGCGUUUACUAGCUCUACUCCUAAUUUUUCUCUCUACCCCAAUAUUGAUUCCGCCUCUACCGUAAAUACUGGUAUCAAUGCUGCUCUUGGUACGAAUGCUACGGCUGGUAAUAGAAUCGCUCAUAGCUCUGUUCCUGGCUUUGGUUUUCGUCCAAACGUUUGUUUUGCUUCUCGUGUUAAUUUUGGUAAUACUACUGUUUCUGGUGCUGGUUCGAGUAUGGCUACUAGUUAUAGAGGUGCUGCUAGCUCUGUUUCAGCUUUUGGUCUCCGUUCCAAUGUUGGUUCUUCCUCCACCAUGAGUGCCAAUAUUAACGCUGCUCUUGGUACUUUUCCUAAUUACACUUCUCACUCUAGUGGAUCUGAAAUAAGCGCUGGUCUUAAUGCUGCUCUUGGUACUAUUCCUAACUACACUUUUCGCUCCAGUGGAGCUGGAACUAAUGAUGGUACUGUUGCUGCUCCUCGCACAGCUCCUGGUUUUAUCCCUCAUUUCAAUGAAUCUGGUAUUAAUGCUGCUCUCGGAAAUUGCACCAGCGUUGCUUCUACCAGCAUCAGUACUUUUGAUAGUAGUGUACCUGCUUUUUCUUCUGACCCUAUUGUUAUUCCUCGUUCCAAUGAAUCUGGAGUUAACGCUGGUGUUAAUGCUGCUCCUGGCAAUUGUAAAAGAGUUGCUUCUAUGAGCAUCAGCACUUCUGAUGGUUAUAUACCUGUGUUUUCUUCUGGCCCUACUGUUAUUCCUCGUUCCUAUGAAUCUGGAGUUAAUGCUACUCUUGACACUUGCACCAGCAUUGUUUCUACAAGUAUCAGUGCUACUGAUGGGUCUGAGCCUGUGUUUUCUUCUCGCCCCAGUGCUAGUCCUUGUUUUGGUUCUAACGCUGAUGUUACUUCUCCUGCUUCUACUAACAGUGAUCUUACUAUCAGUGAUAUAUAUAACAUUAUAGAAUCUCUUUCUGAACUCCGUUCUGAACCCAAUGCUAGUACCGAUCCAAGCGUUAAUGCUGGCACUGAUUUACCUAUUGACAUAGCUGCUGAUUUCGAUAUCAAUAAUAUUACAGGUUCCAUUCCUGAAUUUUGUCCUCCUACCAGUGACAGUUCUUGUCCUGGCGUUAAUACUGUUGUUGAUUCUUCUGCUGAUACUACCAAUGAUUCAAAUAGUAUCAGUGAUAUUAUUGAUUCUAUUUCUGAUUUUUGUCCUAAUCCCACUGUUAGUACUGUUUCUGUUGCUGAUAUAUGUGGAACUAGCACGUUCACGACUACUAAUAAUACUGUUAAUACUGUUACAAAUGUUACUCAAUCUUUGUCUUCACCCAGUACUACCUCUAUUGUGGAUCUUACUACCUCAGAGGUGGGUUCGCCGGUUGUUACUAAAUUUGAUGCCGAAGUUGAUUUGGACUGUGAUCCUUGUUCCGAUACUGAAAAUGCUACUGAAACUGAUGCUAUUGCUAAUUUAAAUGCUAGCGAUAUUUUAGAAGAAUUGGAAAACUUUCUUGCAGCGAGUCAUUGCACUUUUUCAAAUUAUCUAGUGACCAAACAAGAGUGUUACAUUAGCAACAUUACUACUAAAACUAUUAUACAAAGCAAUUCCGUCGCAACUGUUGAUUCUGAUAGAGGCAAUAGAGAAGAGGAUGAAAAUGAGAUUAUGAAUCUGAUGGGCAACAAUGAUGACUACGACGACGACAAUGGCAAUACCAGCAACAACGACACUAGCAACAACAACGGCGACGAACAAGCACGAGUACAAAAUGAUGUCAUACAAUCGACCGGGGGAAACGACACAAACGCAAUCAUUCAGAGGCUUAAUGCCAUUGAAAAAAGGUUUAUUGAAAGCGAGCAGAGAAAUUUUACUCCAAUCGACCACUCGACGAAUGGCGGAGGAUCUUUAUAUAAAUUUCAACAAAAUUUAACCAAGUUGGUUGAUAUUCAAAAACAAGCUUUGGAGGAAAAUCGCUCUUCAUUACUUAAGAUAAAUACUAGUCAAAGAGUUCUAUUUGAAACUUUAAAUCAGCAAGGUUCUGUUUUGCAAACACUAGCGAAAAAAAGCGAUCGAGAUGAUGAGUUUUUUACUAAGCUGUAUCAACAACUCGAUAAAUUGUUUUCGGUGAAGAAGAGGCAGAUGCAAGACGACGAAAAUAAUUUGGGAAGUACCCAAGAAAAGAGGAGAAAAAUCGAAUACACACGCGCAAAUUCGAAUGAUACAGGUAACGUAGGUCAUGAACAUUCCGCCGACGAAUCCAACAGUCUAAUGGCAAGCUCGCAAAGCGACGACUCUGAUGACGAUUACUAUUUCGAAACGAGCCGCUUUCGCAACGCGACGAAACAGAAUCCAACUAUAUUGAGACCUGAUUCGGAGAAGGAGCAGAUGUCCGAGGAGCAGUUUAAAAGGUUUACAUCUCAUAGAUAUUACAGAUAUAGCGGAGAAGUUGAUAAAUUCCCAAAGUUUCUACGUCGUCAUUAUAAAAUUGUUAAUCGUUUCGCUCUGACCGAAAAUAUUAAGUAUCAAUUGCUUACAUCGCAAAUUAGUAGGAAUGUUGCGCAUUGUUUAGGUUUAUUGAACAAUAGCGUCGUUUACUCGUAUGUUGAAUUAAUGGACAAACUAAUUAAGGAAUACGGAACAAACACAACUAUUGAGAGUAGAUGUUUAGCUAAACUAUCGUCCUUGAGGCGAAUAGUAAAUAGCGAUCCGACUACCUUUGCCGAAUUAUACGACGCUCAGAAUUACGUUCGAAAAUUGUACACGGAAAAUAUGAAUAAAGCAGAAUCUCAUUUGAAAAUUUAUAUGGAAUAUAUUGUUGAUAAUAAAUUAGCUCCGGAUGUGAAACAGUUGUGGAAUAGUGCAUUGAAAAAACGCCUGUUUGAUGGAAAACUUUCGACUUUUACAACUCUUUUCAAGUUUGUUGGGAGAAGAUAUAGAUAUCUAACCGAAAAUUCUUGA